ACUGAGGAAAGGGGCAACAUUUGCAAGAAACAUAAAAAUGCAGAAAGCUUGGUGCUAUGAGGAAUAUGGUAGCAAGGAAGUCCUCAAGUUGGGGGAAUUCCCGCUUCCUACUCCCCUGCAAAACCAACUACUCGUCCAAGUACGAGCUGCUGCCUUGAAUCCUAUUGAUUCCAAGAGGCGCCAACGACCCAUAUUUCCUUCUGACUUUCCUGUUGUUCCUGGCUGUGACAUGGCGGGUGUUGUGGUUGCAAAAGGCAGCCGUGUUACAAAAUUCAAUAUAGGUGAUGAGGUCUAUGGCAACAUCCAAGACUUUAAUGCGGAGGGAAAACUAAAGCAGCUUGGGACUCUGGCAGAGUUCAUAGUGGUGGAAGAGAGCGUGGUUGCGGAGAAGCCCAAAAACCUUUCAUUUGAGGAAGCUGCCAGCUUGCCUCUUGCCGUUCAGACGGCAAUAGAAGGCUUUGAAACUGCAAAAUUCAAAGAGGGGCAAACAAUUUUUAUAGUCGGUGGAGCAGGCGGUGUUGGUACUUUAGUUGUUCAGCUGGCGAAGCACUUGUAUGGAGCUUCCUAUAUUGUGGCUACAACCAGCACCCCAAAGGUGGAAUAUGUCAAAAAUUUGGGAGCUGAUAAAGUUAUUGACUACAAAAAGACUAGUUAUGAAGAAAUUGAGGAGAAAUUUGACUUCCUCUAUGAUACAAUUGGUGACUGUAAGAGUUCUUUCGUGGUAGCUAAGGAUGAUGCACCUAUCAUUGAUAUAACAUGGCCUCCAUCGCAUCCGAGAGCUGUUUACUCCAGCCUGACAGUUUCUGGAGAAAACUUAGAGAAGCUCAGGCCUUGUUUAGAAAAUGGAAAGCUUAAAGCUGAGAUUGAUCCUACUGGCCCAUAUAAGUUUGAAGAUGUUGUUGAAGCUUUUCGAUAUUUAGAAACUGGAAGAGCUAGAGGAAAAGUUGUCAUCUCUGCCUUCCCUUCACAGCAUUUCCCCUCUCUUAUUUCAUGCGAGAGCCAGCACAAUCUUACUCCUGAAAUGGUUCCUCUUGAAAUGUCUGUUUACUGAAUGUGUAUACACUAAAAAUUUGUAAAGUUUAUUUUUGCCUUAAAUUCUCGUUGAAAGUCAAGCCGUUGACUGUGUUUAUUUAUUUGGUUGUUUUGUUUCCUUGUUAUGUAUUAGCUAAUGUAUCUUUUUUUUAGGAGUUUUUUAUUUUCUUAAUCAUUCUUUUCCUUUUACAAGAAGAUUGAAUUCUUAAUUGUCAAAUCUUCUUGAUUUAUUUUUAUUUUUUCCUUUAAGAGAGAUUCUUUUCCAGAAUUAUCUCACCCUUGUUA